AUGCAAGGAGGUGCUUUCAACUUCGACUACGCAGUCAACGAUCACUACAAGGGCCUAGACUACGGCCACAAGUCCAACUCCGACGGUAAUCUCGUGACCGGCGAAUACCACGUCCUCCUCCCCGACGGUCGCACUCAGAUCGUCACCUACACCGCCGACCACUACAAGGGAUACCAGGCUGAGGUCAGGUACGAGGGCGAGGCCAAGUACCCUGAACCCGCUCCCUACCAUGCCCCAAAGCCCUCCUACCACCCAACUCCGGCUUAUGGACACCCAACCCCAGCUUACGGACAUCCCACUCCUGCUUAUGGUGCUCCCAAGUAUUAAGUGACUUCAUUUAAAGAUGAUAGGAAUUUAUUUAUGUUUCUCUAAUAAAAGUAA